AUGUCCGCCACAGUCUUCCAGGCCAAGGUUUUUACUAUCUUGAUGGUAGCAAGUAAGGAGGAGGUAAGUAAUUGUGUAGAGAAGAUUUUUAUCUGCUCCGACAGUCAGGCCGGGCCUAGAGCGGUUAGCUCCCCGAGGACAAGGUCUGUCCUCGUCCAGGAAUGUGGAGACGCUUUGGAGUUAUUGGCCAGACGAAGAGAGGUAGAGUUGGUUUGGGUUCCAGGCCACAUGGGUAUCCCUGGCAACGAGAGUGUUAAUCAACUUGCUCGUCCCGGAUCUAGAAGAACUUGCCAAGGACCUGAACCAAUCCUAGGAAUCACACGAGGUGGCAUUAACGGGGCCCUUAAUAAAUGA